AUGAACACAAUUCGAUGGGUCUAAAGGUACCGACUGGUAAAGGAGGUCGACUUAUUGUAUGUCACGCAGGAUGUGCUCGCUACGGGUUCAUUGAAGGGUCGAAAUUGGUAUUUCGUAGUAACAGCGGAAAUACAAUCGAUUACCACGACCAAAUGAAUGGUGAAGUGUUCAAACAGUGGUUUAUUCAAUUGUUGAAUAACCUUGAAGAGCCAUCCGUUAUCGUAAUGGACAAUGCGCCAUACCAUUCUACCCUCAAAGAAUCAUACCCAAAAAGUAAUUGGAGAAAAGCCGACGUCCAACAAUGGUUAACGGGUAAAAACGUUGAAUUUCAUCCAUUAGAAACACUACCAGAACUUCGUCAAAAAGUUAAGAACCUAAUGCCACGAGAAAAAAAAUACGAGCUGGAUGAAAUCGCGUCGGAAAAGGGUCAUGAGGUAAUCCGUCUUCCACCUUAUCAUUGUAAAUAUAACCCGAUAGAGUUAAUUUGGGCUCAGGUAAAGGGUGAAGUGGCAAAAAAAACAACACGUUCAAAAUGGUUGACAUUGAACGUCUAACACAUGAGGCAUUAGAUGCAGUGACUGUAGAUGAUUGGAAGAAAUGCGUCCGACAUGCGGAAGAAAUUCAAAUUGAAGACAACAAAAAAGAAAUUAUGCGGGACACCAUGAUUGAACCAAUAAUUCUUACCAUACUUCCGGAUGACAGUGACUGGAGUGACGACGAAGAUCAAGAUGAUGACGAAGAAAACAGAGAAUAAAAUAUUUUAUUUUUUUUUUUUUGUAUUUGUAUUAUUUGUUUUAAGUUUUUAAUGUUUUUUAUUUGGUUUGAAUCAACAAAUUAUUGGUUUAUAAAAUAUUUAAAGUAUUUUCAGUAAAUUAAUUUUUAAUUCAAAAAAACGCGGCAAUUAGUUUAAUUACGUUAUGAACCACUGAGGCGAAACGGCCGCUAGGUUCGUGACUGGCAGGGGCCACUUUUCAUGUCGCGGACUAUAGUAAUAAAACGUAGAUAUCGCGCGCUAA